ACCCUGAAGCAAAACCCUAACCUUGCAAUAAAAACCCUUCUCCAUCCCAGCCUGCCAACACACAGACGCAGAAUACAUAGAGAUAACAGAAAGAAGAAGGGAGAAACCCUUCUUUAUAGAGCGAGUGAGAGUGUGUAAUGUCUCUGUACGUGCUGUACGAGUCGGCCUCUGGAUACGGUCUGUUCUUUGCGCACGGGCUCGAUGAAGUAGGGCAGAACACCGAGGGAGUUCGGAACUCAGUUUCCGACCUGAACCGGUUCGGGAAGGUGGUAAAGCUCGCUGCAUUUAGUCCCUAUGAGUCUGCACUGGAUGCUCUCAAUCAGUGCAACGCCGUCUCCGAAGAGGUGACAAAAUUGGGCAAUUGUUUGCUGUUAAAUCCUUUCUUCUGGAGGAAAAACAAUAUUGACCGAUGUGAUUUGGAAAAAGGUCAAAUGACUGACGAGCUAAAGAACUUCUUGGAGCUUAAUUUACCAAAGGGUAAGGAAGGCAAGAAGGUGAAGUUCAGCUUGGGAGUGGCAGAGCCAAAGCUUGGGUCACAUAUUUUCGAAGUUACUAAGAUACCCUGCCAAAGCAAUGAAUUUGUUCUUGAGAUACUUCGAGGCGUGCGGUUGCAUUUCAGUCGUUUCAUUGAAAACCUAAAGCCUGGAGAUUUGGAGAAAGCGCAACUCGGUCUGGGUCACAGCUAUAGCAGGGCGAAGGUGAAGUUCAAUGUGAACCGCGUGGAUAAUAUGGUUAUUCAGGCUAUUUUUCUUCUCGAUACCCUUGAUAAGGAUAUAAAUUCCUUUUCCAUGAGAGUAAGGGAAUGGUACUCUUGGCACUUCCCUGAACUAGUGAAGAUUGUCAACGACAACUAUCUAUAUGCCAAAGUUGCAAAGUAUGUGGAAGACAAAUCUCAUUUGUCUGAAGAACAUUUAUCGGGCCUGACAGACAUUGUUGGAGAUGAAGAUAAAGCAAAGGAGAUCAUAGAAGCUGCCAAAGCUUCCAUGGGACAAGAUUUGUCACCUGUAGAUUUGAUUAACGUGAAGCAGUUUGCACAGAGGGUGAUGGACCUUGCGGAGUACAGGAAGAAGCUCUAUGAUUACCUGGUGUCCAAGAUGAAUGACAUUGCACCUAAUUUGGCUGCACUCAUUGGUGAAGUUGUUGGUGCUCGUUUGAUUUCUCAUGCUGGCAGUCUCACAAACUUGGCAAAGUGUCCUUCAUCAACUCUUCAGAUUCUUGGUGCCGAGAAGGCUCUUUUUAGGGCUCUGAAAACCAAGGGAAACACUCCAAAGUAUGGUCUUAUAUUUCACUCUUCCUUCAUUGGACGUGCUUCUGCUCGAAAUAAAGGCCGGAUGGCUCGGUACCUUGCGAACAAGUGCUCGAUUGCUUCUCGUAUUGAUUGUUUCUUGGAUAAAAGUACCACUGCUUUUGGAGAGAAACUGCGUGAACAAGUUGAAGAGCGGCUGGACUUUUAUGAUAAAGGGGUUGCGCCUCGUAAAAACCUCGACGUAAUGAAAUCUGCUAUUGAAACAGUCGACAGCAAAGAGGAUGAGGCUACUGCUGCUAAUGUGAAGGGAAAUGCAAAUGAUGAGGAGCCCAAGACUGAGAAGAAGAAGAAAAAGAAGGAAAAGCGAAAAUUGGAGGAAGAAAAAGUCGAGGAAAAGAGUGACGUGAAUGGAUCCAAUGCAGGGGAAGAUGGGAUGUCAGCCAAGAAGAAGAAGAAGAAGAGCAAAGAUGAAGUCAUGGAAGAUGUUUCAGCUGCUACAGAAAGUAAGAAGAAGAAGAAGAAGAAAAAGAAGUCGCGUAGUGAAGACAAUGAUUGA